UAGAACCUCUAUGAUGCCACUUUAUCAAUUCAAAUACAAAUACAAAUAAAAACCAAGAUACGUUUCUAUGAGAGAUCACUAAUUAACUAAGCCUUGAUUUUCAUUCAAAAUAUGGAUACAAGAAUGAAUUCCUCGGUCACAUUCAUCGCUCUUAUUCUUCUUGUUUCCUUGCUUGUAUCAGAAGCAAGGCCAUUGCUUAGUCCUUUACAAGGCAAAGAAGCUGUAAUUGGAGAGGUAAAUGGAGUCUUCAGGACAUUGAAAGGAGCUGGUCCAUCCCCUGGAAUUGGACACAGGCUUAAAAAGCUUCAAAUUAUUGGAGGGAUGAAGGAUUCUGGUCCAAGUCCAAGUUCUGGUGGUGUUGGGCACAUUAAGAUUCAAAAUAUUGAAGGCCAAAAAUUCAACACAGUUCAAGUUAUUGGAGUGAUUAAGCAUUCUGGACCUAGUCCAGGUGAAGGGCACAAGUAUAUAAUCAGCAACAACCACUCAUAAAGUUCUCAUUCUUUUUACUUUUAUUUGCAUUACACUAAUGAUAUAUAUAUAUUGUUACCAUAUGAAAUUAGUUGUUGCUGCU